GACUAUUCCUAGCGACAUAUAAUAUAUGCUUCUACCACCCUAUCUGCAACCUCUGUCUCGCUAGAUUCAACUCGAAGCCCAUUAUCGAUUCUUCUCCAUUAUGCUAAACCUGAUCUCAAUUCUCGCCAUUGGCUUGGGGUCGGCCACUGUGGCAAGUGCGGCCCUGCUGGAACUGCCUAUGAUCGUCGACAAUGGUUAUACAUUGGUAAACCUGAACAUUGGUACCCCGCCACAGCCGCGCCGACUGCUAUUCGACACCGGCAGCGGAUCUACCUGGAUCGUGGACUCGACCUGCGCCCGAAACUGCACCAACUCUAGCGGUUGGACUCGGACCGGAUAUGAUAUCGACGUCUCGAAGACAGGUAAAUACACUGGCGACGCUGGAGAGAUAAGAUAUGUCUCCGGCAGUAGUACCGGUGGGCCCACUGUGGAAGACAGGGCAUGGAUUGGGGAUGUGUCGUGGAAGCAGCAGUUCCUAGCUGCUAACAGAUCGACCUGGCCUGCUUUGCCUGCAGAGGGAUUCAUGGGCCUGGCGUUCAAUACCAUCCGUCUGGGAGACGCCCGUGUACUCCCUUGGACGAUGAUGCACAAAAACGUCCUAGACAAGCCACAAUUUUCUCUCUACUAUGGAAAUGGGUCAACAGAUGCCAAUAACCGCACUGGAGGCUUGUUGACAUUUGGUGGUUCGAGAGAGGAGGAAUACAUAGAGGGUGAAAUGGCCGAAGUACCCGUUGUAAAGCGGAAUGGGGAGUUUCAGCUCUGGCGUUCAAACCUUUUGGGUAUCAGCGGAUCUUUCACCACAACUAAUGGCACCAGCAUCCCGCCGAUUGAGACCAGCUUGUUCAACAAUACGGCCAUUUUUGACACUGGGGCUGCAGCUAUGUAUUUUCCGGCUACAGUGGCAAACCAGCUCUACGCAUCAAUCGGUUGGGACCAGGACAGGUUCAGCAACGGUCACUUCCCACACUGCUCUGAGUUCAACAACACUUGGUCAGUGACCUUUACAUUUGGCGGAGAUAAUGACGAAGCUCUUGCCAAUGUAACCAUGACUGGAGAUAUGUUCGCUAUGCCCGGUUUCGCAAAUCGAGAGGAAUUAUGCUGGCCCCCAUUUCAGACGCAGAACAGUCCGAACGUCUCGCUACUAGGCAAAACCAUGCUGUCAUCAUUCUACACAGUAUUUGAUUUCGGGGACUUUGAUGAGAACCGUUACAAACCAACUGUCAGUUUCGGCAACUUGAAGGAAAAGCACAUUGGGUAAAUGGAAGAGUAGUGGUCAUAUGUCAAGCACUAAGGGUUCAUAUCAUUAAUACAGCAUGUAUCUGCAUGUGAUGUAGGGAAAAUAGACAGCUAGAUAAAAAGAUACCCGGUCAGUUCAUCCCAUAGACUGACUGGCAUGCUUGAUCGACCAUGUACUGUAUUGGUGCGGAAGGUUUUAGAUGACUAGUUGUGUGCGGUUUGUGCUUUUAAUUCCCCCCUGACAAACGGGUAAAAUUUAAGUCUUAGAGAUCCGCAAGUUGCCCUGUAAAUGUGGG